AUGGAAACUCAAGUUGAAAGAGUUGUAUUAGGUAUACGUAAAGUUGACGAAAGAACUUUUUAUUUUGAUACUUUAUGGAAUAGAUUAUUUUAUUAUAGAUUGUUUCAAGAAAAAAGUAAUUUUAAAAAUUUUGAAUUACAAGAUAUAUUAAUACAUUUAAAAAUUACAUCAUAUCAUAAUAGAGUGCAAGGAAGUACAAUCAAUAUACCUGUUACAAAAG